GGUAACGAAAUAAUAACAGCAGCGAGAUCGUUACUGUAGGCUUAGCCUAGCCUACUAGUACUUUUCACUUACUUUGCCAAGUUGUAAACUCUACAAACUGAUUGAACCAUCGCUUAUUCAUGUGAAUAACAUGCAAUCAUGAGUGUACACGAUCUGAAAGACCAAGGAAACAGAUUUUAUAGCGCUAAGAAAUUCGAUGAAGCAAUAUCAUGUUACUCGAAGGCCAUAGUGAGUCACCAAAAACAUAGAGCCGGGCCGAGCCUUGCCCUAGCCGGGCACGCUUUCAGUGUUAAAAACCAGUCUUACCCAGCCCUGUUCACCAAUCGUGCAUUAUGCUACGUCAAGUUAAAAAAGUGGGCCGAAGCAGCCAAGGAUUGUCGACAGGCAAUAGAGAUGGAUCAAACACUAGUCAAAGGGCAUUUCUUCCUGGGACAGGCUUUGCUUGAGAAGGGGAUGUAUGAUGAAGCUAUAACAAGUCUAAAGAAAGCUUGUGAUUUAGCAAAAGAUCAGAAACUUAACUAUGGCGAUGACAUUACUAGUGCUCUUCGAUGUGCAAAGAAGAAACGAUGGAAUUUUCUGGAAGAGAAACGUAUCCAACAAGAUAUUGAACUCCAAUCAUACCUCAAUAGAUUAAUGAUAGAAGAUAAAGAUAGGAAACUCAAACUUGCAGAAGAUGGGAGUAAAAUCACAGAUUCAGAGAAACUAAAGGAAAAAGUACAAUUAGAACAUGAUAAACACAUGACAGAAGUAAAUUCAUUGUUUGCACAAGUAGACGAACGAAGAAUGAAACGAGACGUUCCUGAUUAUCUAUGUGGUAAAAUAAGUUUUGAGUUGAUGCGGGAACCAGUAAUAACAAGAAGUGGCAUUACGUAUGAUAGGAAGGAUAUUGAAGAACAUCUUCAGAGAGUUGGUCAUUUUGACCCGAUCACGCGUGAACCUCUUACUCAAGACAUGCUAGUACCAAACCUCGCUAUUAAAGAGGUCAUUGAUGCUUUUGUUGCUGAGAACCAAUGGGUUGAAGACUACUGAUCAGGGUGUCAUUGUAACAGGGCUAAGAAGUAAUAACGUUGAAUUAUAUAAAUUGUAGAUCUUGCAUUACUCUUUCUCAUGAAAGAUCUACAAUAUAUUAUGGGAUUAAACUGUUAAAUACAAAAUGUGGAUCGUAAUGCGAUAUUUACAACAACUUUCCUGGAAAACAAAAUAUUUAGGAACAGGACCUGUUAACAUGUUACAUACAGUACUUCACAGUUUGCAUGAACACUUCAUACAUAAAUCUUUAUCUAAUGCAUACAUGCUUUAUCUAAUAUAUCUAAACACAAGUGUGUACCAGGUGCAAUGUUGUGCUGAUGCGACUCUGUGACAUCACUUACAGUGCACCCUCCUAUUGAAAACCGCAUUAGAACUGAAUUGUGUUCUAAUUAAUUGGAAGUGGUCUGUUACGAAGAUUGCACUGUUACAUUAUAUGGAAUCAUUUCAUUGUGGAUUGCAAUGAAGGAAAUAAUGCUGUACCAAUCUGGCAGUGCACUAUAGUUUCAACUAGGCAUAGCCAGGGGUCCUAAGUCUCCUUUAAGUUGCGGUAAUGUCAUGGAAAUCAGGAUGGCAUCCCAGACUUCCAUAAGCAAGAGUUUCCUGAAAAAUAACCCUCUCCACAAAUUCUUGAAUUCAUAAUAUUUGCAUGUUUUUAAUUCUUCAUUGUUACUAAUUGUCUCAGUGCCGACGAGUAUCACCAUGAAAAGCAAAAUGCUGUUAUAUCAAGACUUUAAAGAAUUCUUAUUCUUUGGUAUUGAUGUGGUAGAUGAAAUAAAACCAUUCUGAUUUAUUAAAUGAAAGAGAACCAUAAGACCUGUCCAGACUGUCAAAUAAAUUUUUAUAGUCAUAGAUGUGACAUGCCUACAUAUGGUCAUGAUGGCAUUACAUCAUUACCAUAUAUAGGCACAUCAUGACUAUGUAUGGGCAUUCAACAGUUGUAUACAACAGAGAAUUCGGUUUUUUUUAUAUUACAUGUUCACUGUGCAAUGAAAAGCUAAAAUGA